UACAGACGAUAGUAAGAUACAGAUACAAAUCAUACAAUUCACAUAAUCACAGUCAUAUAUAAACCGCCUUCACCGCCACACCAUAACGACGUCGUACACCGCCCCGCCCAUGCUACCUGAGUUUACUGAUAUACCACCGCCGUCGCAAUGUCACCAACCAAACACACUCCAAACCACGUGACCUCAGCACGUGACUUCAAAAACCGAGUCCUCACGUGCCUCAACAAGCUUUCAGACCGGGACACACACUCCGCAGCAGCUACAGAGCUCGAAUCCAUCGCCAAAACGCUGUCGUUUCACUCAAUCCAGCCCUUCAUUUCCUCAAUCUCCGUCACUGAAUCUUCCGAUAAGUCUCCGGUACGUAAACAAUGCGUUCGUUUAAUCUCAACAUUAUCAGAAUCACACGGCGACGUUUUAUCACCGUUCCUUUCGAAGCUUCUCACGGCGGUGAUCCGUCGCUUACGCGAUCCCGAUACCGUCGUACGCGCUGCGUGUGUCGCCGCCACCGCUUCACUGGCGGCGUGUGUUACGAAACCGCCGUUCACGGCGGUUGCGAAACCGUUAGUCGACGCGCUGGUGACCGAACAGGAUGUGAAUUCACAAACCGGUGCGGCGUUGUGUUUGGCCGCGGUUGUGAGUCACGCGCCGGAUCCGGAUCUGGAGUAUUUGAGACGCGUAGUUGUUCCGAGAAUUGAGAGGCUGCUGAAAUGUGAUAGUUUCAAAGCGAAAGCGGCUUUGUUAAAUGUUAUUGAUAGUGUUGUGGCAGUUGGAGCGGUUUCGAAAAAUGUGUUUGUUAUAAAGAAUUUGGUGAAUUUGAUGGUGGAAUUUGUGGCAAAAAGUGAGGAUUGGAAUGUGAGGAAAGGGGCUGCGGAGGUGUUGGAGAGAAUUGCGGUGCUUGUUGAAGAGAAGGAGGUUUUGGCCGAGUUUAAGGCGUCGUGUUUGAAGACGUUUGAGGCGAAAAGGUUUGAUAAGGUGAAAAGUGUUAGGGAGACAAUGAGUCGGAUGAUUGAGGCGUGGAAUGCGAUUCCAGAUGUGUCAAAGGAGGCGCGGAUGCAAUUGGAGUCUUCUAAAGAAGAAGUAGAUGUACAAUUUCCACCAAGAACACCUCAAACGAGUAGGCGAAGUGUGUCCUGUGGUUCUUCCCCUAGCACUACCACCACCAGAAGAACUUCAUUUGAGAAUAGGAAAACUGGUCCAGCAAUGUUUCGGAAGCUGGAUCGCAAGAAGCCUGAUGACAGGAAACUCGAGAUUGCUAUUGUGGCUUCUGCUGCAACUCAGGUCACUAAGGAUGAUGGUCACGUCAAAACUAGGUCUAUGAAAGAAGAAACGAAACGGGCCCUCUUCAGUGAAAUUUCUGAAGAAAAGAUGCCUGACUCUGCAUAUCAUGAACAGAGGUCAACUUCCAGAGUUCCAGGGAACAGUGUUGAUUCAGAUUUUAAUUUGGUUCCCCAAGAUACUGAGGACUUAUCUUUGAUCCGCAACCAGCUCCUUCAAAUUGAAACCCGACAGACCAAUUUAUUUGAUCUCCUUGAGAAAUUCAUCGGGAGCUCACAAGAUGGGAUGAGGUCACUGGAGUCUCGUGUGCACGGUCUAGAGUCAACGCUUGAUGAGAUCUCAUUUGAUUUGGCAAAGUCAACAGGACGAAUGUCGAAUCCCUCACCCACCUUGUGUUGCAAAUUACCAGGCGCAGAUCUUUUGAGCUCUAAACUUUGGAGGAAAUCAGAAAAUCAACAUUCCGACCCAGCAUUCUCUUCAUACCCGUUAGUCAAGAACAAGAAUCCUGAACUUAGCAACACUGGAUUUCGCCACAAGAGCGGUGGUGGUGGGUUAAUCAAGAAUCCAUUGGCUGAGAGGCAUUAAAUAUGAUCAUUGAAACAAAUUCAGUUGAUCCUAAGUGAAGAAAUAUAGUAAGUUUAGUGCUCUACUAAUUGAGGGUUGGUAUUGUGUAAAGGGUAGAUUUUGUGUAUAGGAGGAAAAAAAAUGUACCCUUAUUUGCGUUAUCAUUUUCUUUGUAAAAUUAAUGUCGUUGGACACGCCUCUCCCACUUUGCAUGCCGGUAAUGAUUAGUAAGUAGUUUAAAGAUUGGUUGAUACA